CUUCGUCUUCUCUUAUGUUUUUCUUUCACUUCUUCUUCCUCUUCUUCUUCUUCUUCUUCCUCUUCCGCUUCCUUUUCAUGCGUCUCUCCUCUAUAUAUAUUAAAUAUAAAAAUACAAAAUAGAGAAGAAACCUGAAGCACACAGCACAGCUUCUAUCAACUUCUAUACUCUGCUCCUUUCUUCUGCUUUGUGGGUGUUGCAGAGGGGUUUUCCAUCAUCUUCACCACUUUCUGGCUUCUCUGAUUUCCAAGGAAUUAGCAGGAUUUUGAACUUCUUCUCUUUGUCAGCAAUUAGCAGGAUAUAUGAUGAGAGUCUCACUGUCUGCCUGCAAGCAGGCGCAGCCCCUGGUGAGCUUCCCGGGGGGGCUGAACAUGGAACCCUUCAUCACUCGGCGGCGGAAGGACAAGGUAGUGGUGGUGAUGGGCGCCACGGGAACCGGAAAAUCCAGGCUCUCCAUCGACCUCGCCGCCCGCUUCCCCGCCGAGAUUGUCAAUUCCGACAAAAUGCAAGUCUACAAAGGCCUCGACAUAGUUACCAACAAGGUCAGCGAAGAAGAGUGCCACGGUUUCCCCCACCACUUGCUCGGCUUCGUCGACCCUAGUGCCGACUUCACCGCCGCCGAUUUCCGCCAGCACGCGUCGCUCGCCAUCGACGCCAUCGUCAGCCGCUACCGCCUCCCGAUCAUCGCCGGCGACUCCAAUUCUUACAUCAAGGCCCUGGUGAACGACGAAAUUGAAUUCCAGUCUAAAUACGAUUUCUGCUUUCUUUGGGUUGACGUUUCCUUCCCCGUUCUUCACUCAUUCGUAUCGGAGCGAGUCGACCGGAUGAUCAGAGACGGUUUGGUAAACGAAGUCAGGGAAAUCUUCGAUCCAGAAGCGGAUUAUACCCGCGGGAUCCGCCGAGCUAUUGGAGUUCCGGAAAUGGACGAGUUUUUGAGAUCCGAAUCGACCGGCGAUGAAGAAACCAGGGCGACUCUGUUCCGAGAAGCGAUCGAGAAGAUCAAGUCGAACACUUGCAAAUUAGCUUGCUGCCAGUUGCAGAACAUUCUCAGGCUGCAGAACCAGAUGGAGUGGAACCUCCAAUGGAUCGACGCGACGGAGGCGUUCCUGAAGCGGCGGGGCAACGCCGGCGGCGCCUGGGAGAGCCUGGUGGCAGAGCCAAGCACCAUGAUUGUGGACCAAUUCCUCUUCCAGGACGACUUCGUGGCCGCCGCCAUCUCCUCCGCCUCCGCCCCUAGCUCCAUCAUAGGCGCCACCCCGGCCGCCGUCGCCGCCGCAAUUCACUAUAGAGAAGCCCCCGGCUUUAGUGAAUUAAUAACAAGGAACGCUGUCGCGACGCCACGCAGCGAGAUGGAAUUGGAACUUCCACUGGUGAUAUAUUUUUUAUGGUUUUCCUUUUUCGCCCUAGUAUAGAAAGGCGGGAAGAGCGGUUACUUUCAGGUUCGUUAAGCACCUGCACCGAAGGCCGAUCAGAGCUGGAUUUAUAAUUUUAUAAUAAUAAUAAUAAUACGUAUAUUGAUAAGAGUGUAGUGGCCGUAUAAUUUUAUUUUUCUAGUAUCGUUUCAUGUUGGUUUCCUAGGAACAGAAAUGGUUCAGCUGUUUCAAUGAAAAA